AAAGGAAGUAGGAAGAUUUGGAGACUAGUUUGUUUUGGUUAUGAACAUUCCUUGCGGAUUCAAUACCUACUGACUGGACGGAAUAGGCCGACUACCCACCUCACUCUGUCGAAAAUGUCUAAACUACAGUCGUUUCGUGUGUUUUUAAAUGAGCGUUUAAUGGCUGCUGCCCUGGAUAUUUUCGCGGCAGUUGAGAAAACGGUGGCAGAGUACAAGGAGGAGAAUGAUCGGCUACGGAGACUGCUGCGGAUCACACCGAAGAUAAAACUAAGUAGAAUUGACUCCCUGCAGCUCACUCUUGCUGUCUCUGAAGAGGUUCCCUUUGAGCAGCAGCACUGUGAGCAGGAGUGGAGCACGAGACUGGGGCAGGAGGAUCCAGAGCCCACACAGAUUAAAGAGGAACAGGAGGAACUAUGUACCAGUCAGGAGAAAGAGAAGCUUCAAGGGAUGGAGGCUGAUAUCAUAGAGUUCAAAUUCACUCCUUGUGUGAAAAGUGAAUGUGAUCAGGAGGACACACUUCAGUCCUUGACUCUUCCCCAAACCCAGACUGUGGAGAACAGAGAUAGUGACUCUAAACUAGUGGAUCUAAAACCUUUUGGCAAUGUGACCCACCUAAAUAAUCAAAACAAUGACUCCAGCCACACCACGUCUAUAAAAAAUCAACGCUGCCGUGACUGUGGUGAAACAUUUGCUCUAAAAGCUGACCUGCAGAGGCAUUUGACUCUCACUAAGAUGAGACCCAGGGAAUGCAGAUUCUGCAAAAAACAGUACAACUCCACCUGUAAACUGAAGGCCCAUGUUCGACUCUGUCACGUGGAUAAACCCUGCUCAAUUUGUGGCAAGACCUUCAAAUACAAAGGGGUUCUGUCCAGGCACAUGAAGACUCAUACAGGAGAGACAGGAGAGAAACCAUUUAGUUGUGGUGACUGCGGGAAAAGCUUCAAACGCAAGCAGCAUCUAACCAACCAUGUACGGACUCACACAGGAGAAAAACCAUUCAGCUGUGGAGACUGUGGUAAAAGCUUCAUUCAGAAGGGACAUCUAACCGAACAUAUUCGAACCCAUACAGGAGAGAAACCAUUUAGCUGUGGUGACUGUGGGAAAAAAAGCUUCAAUCAGAAGUGGCUCCUAACCGAACAUAUACGGACUCACACAGGGGAGAAACCAUUUAACUGUAGUGACUGCGGGAAAAGCUUUAGUUACAAGGGAGACUUAAGGAGGCAUAUGCUGACUCACACAGGAGAGAAACCAUUUAGCUGUGGUGACUGCGGAAGAUGUUUCAAUCAUAAGGGGCACCUAAGGAAGCAUAUAUUGACUCACACAGGAGUGAAACCAUUUAGCUGUGGUGACUGUGGGAAAAGCUUCAAUCAGAAGGCAGCCCUAAAGACACACAUACUGACUCACACAGGAGUGAAACCAUUUAGCUGUGGUGAUUGCGGGAAAAGCUUCUAUCAGAAGGGACACCUAAAUGAACAUAUUCGGACUCACACAGGAGAGAAACAACAUGUCUGCUCAGUAUGUGGUAAAGGAUUCACACAGAAGGCUCAUCUGGUGAGGCAUAUAAACAAUGUCCACAAAGAAAGAAAACAGGACGAAAACAGGAAAUAAACAAAUUAGGAGAAAGAUCUGUCAGAUGGUGGGAAUAAAAAGGCAGGAUGUGGACAGGACAACACUCCUAGGAAAACACAAAGAAAAGCAAAAUAAGUGUGGGUCAUUCAUGCUGUAGGUUUCAGAUAAAUGGAGGAAUGAUAUUCUGUAGGCCUACAAUUGGGGUAAGUGUAGCGACCAUAGUGCCACCACUACCAACCUUGUUAGCCGAAUGGUUUUGGACCUCUGGUGUAAUAUUUGAGGGGUUUGACUGAUCGUCGCAGGAACUGGGGUUUGAGUCCUGGUAUUUUUUAUUUUUUUAUUUUUACCAUGUCAUUCUUAAUCCAGCCCUGCCCUAGGUCUUUGGUGGCUCAGAUUGCUCAUCUUGCUAAAUAUAUUGUUCUAAACUGUUUGAUUUGUCUUCCUAAUCAUGUUUCUUUAACUUUUAAAUAUAUAUUAUUUAUAACCACAGUAAGGAAAGGUGAUAGAUAGCCUAUGGAUAUUUUGCUCUGAACUUGCCACCCAAAGCAAUUUUAGUCAGGGGCCAUAUUUAAGUCCUGUUUUAGGCCUCUCAAAUAUGUACAAAUACAUCGUACAAGGGAACAUAUGUAUUCCAUUCUCUGUAUAGUGAACAGAAGAUUGCUGUUCAAGGUCAUGUAUAUUAAAAUGUAGAGGAAAAUAAAGUGCUGGCUAAAUGUUUAUGGAGUGCUGAACUGCCGAAUAAAGAUACCCUGUUAAUUCUAUCCAUCAUUUUAGGGAGCCUAAAACAGGAUAUACUCUAAAGCAUUUGUCUAAUUCAAUUUGUGCAAUGAAAACAGUUUUUACUAUUAUCCAUGAGUGCUGUAGCUAUGCAAAGGUAUUCCUGUGACGAACAUUACAGCAGCAAUUUGAUAUAGACUUCAUUUUAUCUGAUUUCAAGGGCAGAAGCAAACCAAAAAAGCAAGGGUAUAUGGGAAUGUGUGAAAACAGGGUGAGAGUUGUCCUACUUUCAAAAACACAAAUGCUGUUUAUUACAUGCCACAUCAGGCUUGUUGUUUGGGGGCUUACAGUAAUUCUGUAAAAUUACCUGUGAGACAAUGUCUUAAAAAAAAAAAUGCCUGCCAGUAAUUGCAUUGAAUCGAAUUAAUCAGAUAGUUGAGUCCAGGGUUCAAAAUAGUUAAAAAUAAUGACUCGAUGUACCUAAUGUUGAAGUCGGAAGUUUACAUACUUAGGUUGGAGUCAUUAAAACUCAUUAUUCAACCACUCCACAACCAAACUAUAGUUUUGGCAAGUCGGUGAGGACAUCUACUUUUUCCAAGAAUUGUUUACAGACAGAUUAUUUCACUUAUAAUUCACUAUCACAAUUCCACUGGGUCAGAAGUUUACAUACACUAAGUUGACUGUACAUUUAAACAGCUUGGAAAAUUCCAUAAAAUGAUGUCAUGGCUUUAGAAGCUUCUGAUAGGCUAAUUGACAUCAUUUGAGUCAAUUGGAGGUGUACCUGUGGAAGUACUUCAAGGCCUACCUUCAAACUCAGUGCUUCUUUGCUUGACCCGUGCGAAAAUCAAAAUAAAUCAGCCAAGACCUCAGAAAAAAAUUUUUAGUCUGGUUCAUCCUUGGGAGCAAAUUCCAAAAGCUUGAAGGUACCACGUUCAUCUGUACAAACAAUAGUACGCAAGUAUAAACACCAUGGGACCACGCAGCCGUCAUACCGCUCAUGAAGAAGAUGCGUUCUGUCCCCAAGAGAUGAAUGUACUUUGGUGCGAAAAGUGCAAAUCAAUCCCAGAACAACAGCAAAGGACCGUGUGAAGAUGCUGGAGGAAACAGGUACAAAAGUAUCUAUCCACAGUAAAACUAAUCCUAUAUCGACAUAACCUGAAAGGCCGCUCAGCAAGGAAGAAGCCACUGCUCCAAAACAGCCAUAAAAAAGACUAUGGUUUGCAACUGCACAUGGGGACAAUCUUUACUUUUUGGAGAAAUGUCCUCUGGUCUGAUGAAACAAAAAUACAACUGUUUGGCCAUAAUGAUCAUUGUUAUGUUAGGAGGAAAAAGGGAGAGGCUUGCAAGCCGAAGAACGCCAUCCCAACCGUGAAACACGGGGGUAACAGCAUCAUGUUGUGGGGGUGCUUUGCUGCAGGAGGGACUGGUGCACUUCACAAAAUACAUGGCAUCAUGAGGAAAGAAAAUUGUGGAUAUAUUGAAGCAGCAUCUCAAGACAUCAGUCAGAAAGUUAAAGCUUGGUCACAAAUGGGUUUUCCAAAUGAACAAUGACCCCAAGCAUACUUCCAAAGUUGUGGCAAAAUGGCUUUAGGACAACAAGUCAAGGUAUUGGAUUGGCCAUCACAAAGCCCUGACCUCAAUUCUAUAGAAUAUUUGUGGGCACGACUGAAAAAGUGUGUGCGAGCAAGGAGGCCUACAAACCUGACUCAGUUACACCAGCUCUGUCAGGAGGAAAAUUCACCCAACUUAUUGUUGGAAGCUUGUGGAACGUUUGACCCAAGUUAAACAAUUUAAAGGCAAUGCUACCGAAUACUAAUUGAGGGCAUGUGAACUUCCGACCCACUGGGAAUGUGAUGAAAGAAGUAAAAGCUUAAAUAAAUCAUUCUCUACUAUUUCACAUUCUUAAAAUAAAGUGGUGAUCCUAACUGACCUAAUACAGGGAAUUUUUACUAGGAUUAAAUGUCUUUAAUUGUGAAAAACUGAGUUUAAAUGUAUUUGGCUAAGGUGUAUGUAAACUUAUAUAUAUGAAUAGUGUCAAUAGUAUUUUGUUUUCUCUUGGUGUCUUUCUUUAAUACAACUCUUAUUUUAGUUUUGUAUUUUGAAUUUAAUGUAAUAUCUUAUGUUUCAAAUAGAUGACCAAGCACAGAACAGAAUGUUUUAUGUGGACCCCAGGAAGAGUGCUGCAUGUACAGUAGUUAAUGAUAAUCCUAAUAAACUAAACCUCUGCUUGUGUGUGAA